AUGAAGUGGACGUACAAAGAGGAGAACGACUUCGCAAAACGACGUGCUGACGCGGAAAAUAUCCGCAAGAAGCAUCCAGAUCGUAUUCCAGUGAGUUUUUCUGACAAAAAUGCUGAUUUUUAUGAUAGAUAUUUUCCAGGUGAUCAUCCAGAAGUCUCCAAAAUCUCGUCUGCCUGAUUUGGACAAAGCCAAAUACUUGGUUCACUCUAAUUUCACCGUCGGACAAUUCUAUUGUUUGAUCCGGAAUCGAAUUAAACUUCGUCCAGAAGACGGAAUCUUCUUCUUUGUCAACAAUGUUAUUCCACAAACCAUGACAACUAUGGGACAAUUAUACCAGGUAAAACACUUAAGACCGCCUUGAAUUAAUAGAAAUGAGAAAUUUUUGCAGGACCAUCACGAGGAGGAUUUGUUCCUUUAUUUUGCCUAUUCGGAAGAAUCGGUUUAUGGAGGAGAAGUUGAAAAGAAGUGA